AUGGUAGCCUUCCCAAUACGUCUAAAUGCCACACUGGAUCUUUUCAUGACUAAUAGGCCAUCUCUGGUAGACAAAUGCACACCAGCACCAGGUGUUGGCGACCAUGAUAUUGUACUUGUUACAUCCUCUGCCUCAGUCAGACGUUCAAGGCCUGUACAGCACAAAAUCCAUUUAUGGAAUAGGGCUGAUCUGAAAACCAUGAAAGAGGAGUGUCGCAUCCUGACCAACAAGUUCCUGGCAGGGUUUAACAACACCAACCCUGUAGAAGAUAUCUGGGCCUAUAUCAAAACAAGUUUACUUGGCUUACAAGACCAGCACGUCCCAUCUAAGAUGUCGUCACCAAGAUACUCGCAACCAUGGGUUAAUCGAAGCGUAAAGAGGGCCAACCGGAAAAAGAAGCGCAGCUUGUGGAAAGCGAGGAAAACCAAGAAUGACAAGGACAUCCAGAGAUACCAUCGUUUGAAGAAGGAGUCAAGAUCAGCAUGUAAGGCAGCAUAUGACACAUACAUAAAGAACAUGAUCAGCCCAGAUGCAACAUCAAACCCUAAAAGAUUCUGGAGUUUUAUUAAGGUCAUGAAAUCUGAUACCACAGGAGUAGCACCACUGAAGGAUUCUGCUGGAAUGACCCACUCCGACAGUAGCAGGAAGGCCAACAUCCUUAACAAACAGUUUUCAUCGGUCUUUAACAAAGACGAGCGAACAUAUGCCAUCCCAGACAAAGGUCGCAGCCCUUAUGAGGACAUGCCGUCCAUAACAAUUGGACUCGAAGGUCUGAGAAAGUUGCUCUCCAACCUCCAGAUCCACAAAGCAACUGGUCCAGGUGGAGUUGCCUGUACUCUUCCAGGCAUCUCUAAACCAAGCAUCUAUUCCAGUAGAGUGGAAGACAGGACAUGCGGUACCUAUUUACAAAAAGGGGAGAAGAAUAAAGCGGAAAAUUAUCGUCCGGACUUAGCUUUUAACAUCCACUCCAAAGGCCAAGCUGACGUCAUCUUAACAGACUUUUCAAAGGCCUUCGACAAAGUUCCUCACAAGCGUCUUCUGUAUAAGUUAGACCACUAUGGGAUUAGACACAAUCAUCUGCAAUGGAUCAAAGACUUCCUUGUAGGCCGGACCCAACAAGUGUUACUGGAGGGCGUUACAUCAUCUAAAGCCCCAAUACAAUCAGGAGUCCCCCAGGGUAGUGUGCUUGGACCAUUGCUGUUCGUGUCGUUUAUUAAUGACCUACCAGAUUGUGUCUCAGAGGGAUCAACAGCAAGAUUAUUUGCAGAUGACUGUGUCUUCUACAGGAAUAUCAGAAAGAAGAAGGACGCCUUCAAGCUUCAAGAAGACCUAGAAGCUCUACAGCAAUGGGAGGUUAAUUGGUUAAUGGAGUUCCACCCCAAGAAAUGUCAAGUACUGCAUGUCACCAACAAAAGGAAGUGUGUAGAAUACCCCUACAACAUCCAUGGACACACCCUUGAAGUGGUUGAUUCUGCCAAGUACCUUGGGGUUAAUAUCCACAAGAGUUUGACUCAGCACAUCAACCAUAUCACCAAGAGAGCAAACUCAACAUCAGCUUUUCUACGACGUAACAUCCAUCAAUGCCCACGUGAGACCAAAGCCCUAUGCUAUAAGGCAUUAGUCCGUCCCUUGCUGGAAUAUGCAAGUGUUAUCUGGGACCCGCAUACGACAGAAAACAUCAAUAAGAUUGAUAUGGUACAGAGGAGAGCUGCUAGAAUGGUAAUGAAUGAUUUUAGGACAACCAGCAGUGUCUCCAGUAUGAUCCAGCAACUCAACUGGCCCUUACUACAGGAGCGCAGAGCCCAGGUCAGGAGUAUUAUGAUGUACCGUAUUGUGUAUCAGCUGGUUGACAUACCAUCUACACUCCUGAUACCAACCAUUUCUCCAAGAGGGAACAACAUCAUCUUCCUUGUGCCGUAUGUCAGGACUACAGUUUACCAGAAAUCGGGGUUUUUUCCAGAUGGGAUUAGGAUUUGGAACUCUUUACCAUCUGAGGCUGUCAAUGCAACAUCCUUAGACAGCUUCAAGUGCCAGAUCCAGUCCAUCAGUAUCCGACCAUAG